AUGGAAAGAAGCCUCGCCCUGCUCCGUGAUGAAUGGAUUCAAGUUGAGGCCACCGAGGCCGAGCUUGGGCAGCAGCAGGAGGUGGUGAGCGAGUCGAGCUCAUGGUGGUGGCCGUCGUUGCUGCCGAACCCGGCGGCGCUCUUUGCUGCUCCGCCACAGGCUGCCUUGGCUGACGAGGUCUAUGAUGACGAUGAUGACGAUGAUGACGAUGAUGACGAUGACGACGAUGACGGCAACGAGAACCAUGCUCCCGUUGAUGGUGGCGAUGGCAGCGAGGUAGCGUCGGUGGCCUCGGCUGGCUCGUCGUCGAUUUCGUUUGUGGUCGUCGAGCACCGCGAGUACGACGUCAACGCCGUCCACUUUCCGGCGACGCUCAUGCGGUCCGACUCGGGCUCGGGCUCGGGCUCGGGCUCAGGCUCAGGCUCGGGCUUAGGCAUGGGCUAUGGAGCCGCGGCCGCGGCCGCGGCCGAGACAGCCGUUGGGGCGGAUGCUUCGCGCGGCGAUGCCGAGGCAGAGCAGGCCGUGGUGGUCAUGCCCAAUGCCGAGAUGGCGGCGCUGGUCGAGCGCAAACUGGAGCUGCUGGCGCAGAACCAGCGGGCGCUGUCGCCGCGAGAGCAAAAGGCGCAAACGCGGGCAGCGCUGGCGCAGGGCAACGCAGUGGCAACCCGCGGGGCGCGCAAGGGAGUGCGGGCGCGGGCCCGGCACAAGAACCCGCGCCGGCCGCGGCAGGCGUGCACGACACGCCGGCGGACAUGA